AUAAAUUUUUCAGACGCAGUUGUUUAUGAAGUCUGUCGCCGGUGUUUCAGGUUUUAACCAGUUUAGUUUGUUGCUGAGCUUGUCGGGUGGGCAAAGCAUAAACCCUCGAACUCCAUCUAAACCCUAAUGGGGUGGUACCAGUGAACUUGUCUUAUUAGGUUCUCAUUUACAGGCAAGAGGUCAACUCAAGUGUUGUAAGGGUGGUUCUCUUGAAGGAAGGUCGAUUGAAGUUGUUAGUGCUGUCAUUCUUACUAACUUGGUGGGGAGUCAAGGCGAUGUCAGCUUUAUCAAACAUUUGGUUCUUCCGAGAUGGAUCCAUGCAAACAAUGCCAUUUUCUGGUGAAGUUGUAACUGGAAAAUCAUCCCCUCAAAAGAGACAAUUUCUUAGAGAGUUCGAACCAGCCAAGAUUAAGUGGAAGGGAUCCUACUACUGGAAGGCUGAAAAUUUUUCUAUAAUAAAGUGUGCAAGAAAGGAUGAGAAGUUCAAUCCUUCAUCAAUUGAACCACCCCCCUACCAUGUUUACUUGGAUUCAACUUCUGGACAGCUUGAACCAGCUUCAGGUGCUAGGGCUAGUUUACCAGGAAAGGAGUACUGGCCUGAGGGAACUGCUGACCGUGUGAGGGCUGCGAGGUCUCCUGAACCUGUUGGCCAGUCAGGAGGGAAACCUUCUUAUGGCAAGAAUCCUGGAAGCAGGAGGAAGAAGCGCAUGACACUAGCUGCUGCUUCAGAGACCCUUAGAACUAGUGCAAAUAGUGGGAAUGUUCAAGAUAAUAUGAAUGAUCCAGAAAACAAGGGUGAACUUGAUGGCAACAUUAAUCUAGAUGAUAGCAGUGAUUUACAUGUGCCUGCAAGCUCAUGCUCAUAUAGUACCUUGGAUAAACCUAAAGAACCAUCCACUGAAUAUGUGGUUUAUAAGACCGAGGAAGAGGAUGAGAAUCUUAGUCCUUAUGAGUUGGACAAAAAGAUGGGACGCCCACAUGCCUUUAUCGAUUCAUCAAAGGUUCGUCCAAUUGAAGAAUCACAAUCAAGUGAAGAUCUUUGGUGGAAUUGGAGGAAGCCUGAAGAAGGGCAAUGGUCUAGGUGGCAAAGGAGGCGUCCGGAUGUUGAUACGGUCUUUGCCAAGGCAAUGGCAGAAACUGGUCAAAUAAAGCUAUAUGGAGAUCAUCCAACCGUAACUGAAGCUACUCUUGCACGGGCUCGAAAACAUAUAUUUAAAGAGGAAAGACUUCAAGCUGAGCAGAAGAGAUUAGAGGAUAUAGGACCAAUAGCAUAUUAUGCAGAAUGGGUAAAAGCAUGGACUAAGGACACUUCACGAAAGGCUGUGCAGGAACAUUUUGAAGCAACUGGUGAGGAUGAGAAUACCCAGCUCAUCACAAUGUUCCAGCACCAAACUGCAGAAGAAUAUCGCAUCAUGAUGGGCACUGAUGUUCGUAUUCAACGAGAUCCUUUAGCCAUGCGGAUGCGUGAAGAGCUAAUCAAAGAGAUAUGGGGUGGCGAUCCAGUUUACCCAACUAUCAACUAUGUUCAAGAUCCAGAAGAAGUAAUUGAUUACAGAGGCCCAAAUUUCCAUGAGCCUACACCUGACGUACUGGCUUACCUUAUGGAGCAAGGAAAAAUUAUAUCAAGGAAAGAGCUUCAGGAAAUUUUAGAUAAAGAGAAUAAACAAGAAGUUGAGGUCACUGAUAUGGAUGAGGCCAUGGCAAGUGCAGUUGACAUUGGAGAGAAUGAAGAUGAAGAAGAUAGUGAGGAUGAUGAUGAUGAAACCAAUGAUGAAGCUGAAGAAGAUGUUGAAGAAGAUGAGAAAAUCACUCGCAAUUGGAGUGUUUUUAAAACCACUCCUCAGCCUCCCAAAUCCAAGGAAAAACCUAAGAAGCAAGGUCCCAUGUCACUAGAAGAGGCUAUUGAUGAUUCAGAAAAUAUAACAGACUUCCUCAUGGACUUUGAGGAUGAGUGAUGGCUUCCGUCUUAUUGAUGAGCAGGUGAAGUAAUUCUCUUUUCGUCUCAUCCUUCUCAUUUGGAGGAUAGAAAUUGUACCCAAUCGUAUGUUUUUCAUAAUUUUACUUUAGGGAAAGUUUAGCUUAGGUGACUGUAGGUGUUGUCGUUGGCAUCAUUGUCAAAAUCAUAAAGUUUAAUUUUAUGUUUUCAAGCUAUAUUAGGCUAUAUUAUCAGCCCUCAUAUUUUUGACUUUUUUAUGUUAUAAUAUUAUAUUGUGAGUUAGGUGUUAUUGGGUAUUUGUAUCAUGGUGUUAUAUUUUGGGUUUGUAGAUAAUGAAAUAUUUUUAUAUCAUAGCACAUGUAGGAAUUUAAUGUUGUUGGAAUAGGAUGGUGGCUAUGGAAAUAAUAAUGACGGGAGAUCGAUUUGAAUUUGGAG